UUGCACCGCCAGCUCGGCCACCGUGCGACUGCCCUCUGCCGUCUCGCAGAUGUACACAGCAUCGUCAUCGGAGGUGACGUUGAGCACGGUCAGCCGGCGCUCAGUGCCUGCCUCCUCGAUGAGGUACUUGGCACCGGCCCACAGCCGCGUCUCCUCCUUAUACCAUGCAGUCUCCAUGGGCGGCUGCGGCACCUCACACUGGAACGUGGCCGACGCUUUCUCUGGCACCUCCAGGUCCUGCAGCCGCUUUCUGAAGGGCACCUUGGGCUCUGCGGAAAAAGAGCUCAGCUGCCCCGGUGCCCUGGGGGAGCUCCCAGACCUGGACAUGAGCCUGCACACUGACCCAGAACCACCUUCAAGCUGCACCCUGGUGCAGCCCCAGCCUGAGGCCUCCGACAGCACAAGACAAUGGAACAGAACAGCGAGAGCUGCCAAGACCUCCAUCCACGGAUUCCUCUACCAGACAGGCACAGGGUGGGGAGAGGGCAGCAGCAGCCAACGCUGGAAGGAAAAGACAGGAGGCCUGGGGAGGAGCCUCUGCCUGUGCUCACUGCGCACAGUGACCUCGUGCCCGGCGCCAGGAGCUCACCUCGCACGACGACUAGCACGGAGCUGUAGGUCUGGCCCACGAGGUUGGACGCCGUGCAAGUAUAGAGGCCACAGUCUGACUGCUUGCAGAAGAGGAUCUUGA